CCACCAACUAUACAAUCCUCCCAACCGAAACGGGCAAAACAGCCUUUCUAAAAGAAAAUAACCUAUCAAAAGUGCACAAACUCAAAAUCCCGCUAUGACUUCAACAAACCAACUCACCCACCAACAAUGUGCCUACACAGCACCCCGGAGUUCAACUUCGGAACUCCGACCACGGGAGCGGGGAUGACAGCAUAGGUGGGGACUCGUCCAUAUAAAUUUCCCCAUGGGCACCAGCAAUUACCAUUCAACUUUACCUCACAAAUAACACAAGAAACAACUUCACUUUGAUUGACCCUCAAACCAAUACCACAUACAUACAUACAUACACCCAACCAACAAUGACAACCUACACAACCGACCACGCCCCCGCGGUGCUCCAAACCCACGGCUGGCGCACCCUCAGCAACUCCGUCCCCUACAUCCUCCCCUACCUCAAACCCAACAUGACCAUCCUCGACAUCGGCUGCGGCCCAGGGAGCAUCACGAUCGACUUCGCGCGACACGUACCCUCAGGCCACGUAACCGGCGUCGAAUACGUCUCCGACCCACUAGAGCAAGCACGCACGCUCGCCUCCUCGCAAGGCAUCACAAACAUCACCUUCCAAGUAGCUGACGUCCACGCCCUCCCGUUCCCCGACAACACCUUCGACCUAGUGCACGUGCACCAAGUGCUCCAACAUAUCGCGGACCCCGUGCUCGCGCUGCGCGAAAUGCGCCGCGUGGCUAAACCCAACGGGGGGAUUAUCGCGGCCCGCGAAUCCAGCGCCAUGACGUGGUAUCCUGAGAAUAAGGGGAUUGAGCUGUGGUUGGAUAUUACGACGAAGAUGGCGCGGGAGAAGGGUGGGAAUCCGCACCCCGGGUCGAGGAUUCAUGUGUGGGCGGAAGAGGCGGGGUUUGUGCAGGAGAGCAUUAAGAAGACGGCGGGGUCGUGGUGCUUUAGUAGUCCUGAGGAACGGAGGUAUUGGGGGGGUUCGAUGGCGGGGAGGGCGGCGAAUUCGGGGUUUGCGACGCAGGCGCUGGAGGGGGGGUUUGCGAGUAGAGAGCAGUUGGAGGCGGUUGUGAGGGGGUGGGAGGAGUUUGUGGAGUGUGAGAGGGCGUGGUUUGGGUUGUUGCAUGGGGAGAUUGUUUGUUGGAAGUAGGGGUGGUUACUAGUUAUUGGGUGUGUUAAGGGGGAGGGAGGUUUGUAUAGUAUGUAUGUAGUACUGCUCAUAUGCACUUCUGGUAUUUGUUGUCCUGCUGUGAGGGGUGAGGUACCGUGUAUAUAUGUGAUGAUGACUAGUUGAAGGGUUGAUAUGUCGAACAGU